AUGGAAAUUCCCUUUUGCAAAAAUGAAAUCUGAGGGUCUCGAUCAGAAUACUAUCUGCCAUAUUAUGACAUCUACGAAUGCUCCACCCAUCUUGAAAAUAGAGACAUUGAGGAGGGAUUUAUCAAGCUAGAAACCCAUGAGCUUACAGAUCACACUCUGAAAUGCGUUGAAGUGGCUCUGCACAAGUUCUUAGAGUACUACAAAACUACUAAUAACAACAGAGAGAUUGAGGCCCACCAAGAAUUAGUAGAUGCUUAUCAGGCCAAAGUUGGCGCUCUCAGAAGUCAACUGGAAGGACAUGUACUACAAAAGGAGUAUUUUAAAUACGUUGAUAUCCAGAAUGAGGCUCAAGAUCUGUAUGAUGACCUGAAGGCUGAAGACUUGUUUAGAAAGUACACUACUGAUAAGUACAUCUCGGGAGUAUAUCAUGAUACUGAUCCAACUACAUUCGAAGAUUCUUCCCUGGAAAAACAGAGAUGUGAGAAGGUCUUUGAGGAAAAAUUUGAGUAUAAGAAAAAAGAAAUUGAGUGUGAAACAAAUAAGAUAGUAGAGGAUUGGGAACAGAAGACCCAUUCAGCCACCUCCGAAAUCACCCUCAUAACCCCCCAUCUCGACGACCCCUCUCAGCACUUCGCCACUCUAAAAUCUCACUUACUCUCCACCCACAAAUCUGAGCUUGAAGAUCUCCAAAAAGCCCAAGAAGCCAGUCUUCACAGCUUGGCUAAAAGUCUUGAACUAGACUGUGCCCAACAAGUUAGUACUUUAGAGGAGGAUAAGGAAGAGAUAGCUCAACACAAGGAAGAAAUGGAAGAAGAACUAGCCAGAGUCGAGCAACAGCUUGAAGAGGUCUUACAAGAAGGAAGCUAUGUAGAGGAAGAGCAAAAGAGAAUACUUGAGAGGUAUGACCAGGCUAAGCAAUUUAUAAUCUCUUCUUUGAAUGUAUCAGAGUACUCAGAUUUUAACUACUUCUAUCAAUUAAUCAACAACUGCUUUAAUGGAGAAUAUCAAGCGAUUGGACCGAAAUCUAAACUAUCACUGAAGCUAAACAACCCUAAUCACUUAGAGCUUAUCAAACUACUAAACAAGAGGAUGCCAGAUGUUGACAGUCUCAAUCUCCGAUAUAUUCCUUAUGAAUGCGAGGAAGCCAAGACUUUUUUGAAGAAAUCUUUCCCUCGUCAAGUAAAAUGCUUCGACUUCAACUCAUUAUCUGAGCUUAACAAUCCAUUGGAUUUUUACUUGGAUGAACUAGUACAAGUGAGCCAGAGAGUGACGAACAAGGUCGUGAUUAAUAGGUUUAACAUCAGUCAGGAUAACCUAGUCACUCUGUUCAAUGCUAAUGUAGAUAAGAAGUUGUUUGGAUUUUAUAACUGAAAGCUUGAGCUUUCUUCAGUCCCUUCUUUCUCAGGAAAGCUUAAGGGUAGUUCGAUAGAGUGCUUAGACUUGUAUGGAUGUGGCCACACAGCCUAUGGAGAUUGGGAUCUCAAUGAGUCUCACUUUGGCAAUCUGAUGAGAGGUCUAGCUCAAGAGGAAGACUUUGUUAAAAGCUUGAAGAAAAUCAAGCUUGAGAAUUGAGGAAUGAAUAAAUCUGAGAUAAAAUCUGUCCUCAAAGAAUGUGGGUUUGAUCUUGUACAACUAGUUUCUUGAUAAUAG